ACACCAAUGAACAAUACUUGCUUAAAACAAAACGCGUCCAGGCUAGGAGACACAUACACACCCUUAAACUAAGCAAGGUAGAUGUCAAAUGUGUGACCUAGUUUAAGUGCCACCUUUCCCCCUUCCCUGCCCCCCCCCCCCCAGCGCACUCCUCUCUCCCUGUCAACACUGCCAGUGUCAUUGUCAACUCACUGGUUUGGUGUUGGGAGGUGGUGUGCCACCGCGAAGGAGGUCACGACAGUUGCGCGUUCUGGUCUUGGCUAGUCACUGAGAUACACAAGAUGUUGGGGGUGGGGGGGGGGGGACGUGAGGGGUGGAGAGAACUGGUAAAGUCGGCAACGCUCCUCGCUUGACGAAAGGGGAACACCGACGACGGGGCGCAGUGAGUGGCGCUGGUUGGUGGGCGACCUGGGUUUUAUGCUGUAAGUCACUGAUUCCCUUAACAAACUUUAUAAAAAAAAAAUUUCCAUACCUCUCCUUUUGCUCCCCCCUCCCUCCCACUUUUGUUGCUCAUUCAUGUCCUCAAAAGGUGUAUAGGGGAAAAAAAGGGGGGGGGGUGCGCGUUCACGCACAAUACUGGCCAGGAACAUUCAGGUUAGGUCAUAGUAUUGCUGGGAGUCCGCCCCGCGUGGUGCGGCUGGGUGGGGUACGCAUCGCUCUCGCUCGCUCGCUCCGCCUCUCCUCUAUUCCCCCCCCCCCUUUUUUUUUAAUUUUAGUACUGUUUUGUUGUGGUUCAGUAAAGAAGCUAGUGCCGCCCCUUCAUGCCAUUUUUUUUUUACCAACCACUGCUUGACAGUUAACCCUCCUGCGCCCUCUCUCUCUGCUCACCCCCAUUCCCUCUCCCCCACCCCAACAGGAGAGUUAUGUUUUGUUUUUCUUUUAAACUUUAAAUCAUAGUACCGUAUUUCAUAAGAAGAAAAAAAAAUGCUCUUCUCUCGCGCAGUAUAAUGUACGUUGCUGUAUUAGUCAAGUCAUAACGCAGAGCUAUUGGUGCCGUGCAAUGUGUUCAUGUUUUGUGGUGACCUGGAUCAGUUAGUGUCUGACAGAGCGAGAGAAGGUGAGAGAGAGAGAGAGAGAGAAAAUCUCUAAAUGAAUACUGUUUCCAUGACUUGGUGAUGCUAUGGGUGCCUUUUAGGACAUGCGUGAUUUCUUGAUGUGACAAUGGAUGGAUACAUUUCAAUAGAGUCGGUUAGCGGUAAGGACAAAUCAUAAGUUACUUACUGUAUCUAGAAUCUAAUCAACUCGCAUGUUUUUUGUCUAAAGCAUAAAUCACCAUUUAUUUAAAACAUUGUUAAACUGCGGUUUUGAGCUAAUGAAUUAUUUAUUCGUAAAUUUAUCUUUCCCUUGUAAGUAGAAAAAAAAACAACAACAACUCCGUACUACAUGAGGUUAGAGUUAAGAUUUAGUUAUCUUUAAAUCUGAAGGAACAUCCGAUCAUCCGCCCUUACAUAACAGUAUAAGGCUACAUUAUUAAGCAGCCGAAAGUAUUCAUAGUCAUAACUGUAUCUUCAUCAACCCAGUGGUCAAACAAGUAAAUUGAAAACUUCAAUGAGAACGAAGAAGAAGAAGAAAACUUCAGAAUGUCCAUCUAUUGUGACAUGGUCACUGUGUUCCACACCCAGUGUCUCUAUUCAUUGUUUCCCUAAUUCUGCAUCGCAUUGGGAAAAGUUUGAGCCGGCCACACCGUACCAUAGUUAAAGCUAACAUAGGUAUCGUUUGGUGUUUCAAUGGGCUUGUGCAGAUUAUUUAACGGUAUUUUUUUUUUAAUUAGUUUGUCUGAAUAGCAGAAGCCAAGAAUACCAAAGUAAUGUACAGUUAUUGCAUCUCUUUCCCUUCUGUGGAACGUUAUUUAGUUUGAUGGCCGAGUGGUAUAGAGUCACCAAGGAUUACGAGUUCAAAUCUAGUGAAAAUUGUGAAUUUCGGGAUAUUACAUCCAGCUAACAAUCAAACAACGAAAAUUAAAAAAAAAAAAAUAAAAAAAAAAAGGAAAAACGCCUGUCUUUGUGAUGGCCACUUGACACCUUCGCUAACCCUAUCAAAACUGCCAUUAUUGUUUUUUACUUGUCCCGUACAGUCGAGUUGUCCGACUCCGGGUUGCCGUCACGAUGGUUGCGAGUUCAAACCCUGCUUUUUUGUCCAUCUGCCGCUCUCGUGAGCCCUGGAGUAGGGCGUAAAAGUGACGUCCUCAGCGUGUCUCACAAAACGUUGUUGAAAAUAUAAAAAAAAGGUGGUUCCGAUAGAGCCAGGCAAUGGACCCCACCUCCACCAUCCUUCUUAUCUCUUUUCAUUCCAUCCACACUGUAAUGUGUGUGUGUUUGUGUGGAUGUUUCAGGAACACAUUUCUUUUCGCAGAGUUCUGAAUGAAAUCUGGGAUGUAAUUGUGUGUGUGUGUUUGUAUGACAAUCCUCCAGUUUCUCUAGGGCUCAUGCUUGACCUGUUCCAGUCACGGGGAUUAUUUAUUCAAGUGACGCUUUGUACAGUCUCUCUAGCCCCUUUCCCCUCCCCUACACGCCCCUGACAUCCUUCUGGUAUCUUAGAGUGACGUAUAAAAAAAGUAACUUAUACCUCUUUUUUAAACAAUGGCCUUAAGACUUAAAAAUAAAGACGCAAUACUAUUCACUAUUGUAUACACCUAUUUUUGCUAUCACAAUGUUCGAUGAAAAAGAUUAGCUUUAGACCUUUCAUCUCUAUUACAAACCAUAGCAAUGUAGAUAGCUAAUCAAUAGGCCUACAAAUGUAUCUUGAAAUCAAAGAUUUCGUUUGCUAAGUAAAGCUGACAGCAAUUUUCUUCUUUCUUGUUUUUAGAUUUUGCCAUAACACAUUUACCGCAAAAUCUCAAGAAAUUUACAUUCCGAGACAUUAGGACUACGAAAUGAAUCUUUAUCCGUAUUCUGAUGAAAUCGUUUGAUACUUAGAUCUAUUUUUUGGACUAGUCCAUCAAUGUCCUUGGACAAUAGCAUUCAAAGCCGGUUCAAAGCAGACUUCAGGGACAUUCUGUAUGAUUUCACUUUGAGAGAGAAAGUAAAUAUACGGGAAACAACUGACACUAAUUUGUGAUUUUCUUUAUCAUUUGAGCUUCCUAAGUGUAAUGUUUAGAGAAAUGCUUGCCAACACAACAGCAAACCGUGACAAAAGAACUAGCUCCGAUCAAUGUGUCUCUGUGCGGAGUUCUGUCGACACGUUCACACUGUUGGAUACCUCUGACUUUGUCUAAACCUUCCGCGAACCACAUCCCAUAUGGAAAGUAUAUUCGCCUCUUACGUCCGCUACAACUGCGGACCUUUACAACCCUCCGAACCUAUGGAGGAGUCCAAAUUGAAACCUCUGCCCCCCUCCAACGGCCCGAGGCCCCACCGGUGUGAAGUAUGCCAGAGAUCUUUUCGUGAGGUGGCCACACUACGCAAACACGAACAGUUGCACCGGGCGGACCGGCCCUACGUCUGCAAUACGUGUGGGAAGUCAUUCUUGUGGUCCUCCAAUCUCAAAGUCCACGAGCGUGUCCACACUGGAGAACGCCCCUACAAGUGUAAGAUCUGCCACAGAUGUUUUACCCAGUCCAACGACCUGCGCAGGCACGAGAGAAACGUCCACAUGAGGGGCAAAAUAUACGGGUACAAGACGUCGGGGCGGCACAGCAGUCAGACUGGUUCUCAACAGGUCAACCUUGCUGCCUACCAGGCUUUCGCCAUGCAGCAGCGAGCCUUACUUCAGCAGGCGCUCACCUAUGAGUCCUACCUGCAGAAGGCCGCUGCUGGGAGUGGCCAAGCUGCUCAGCUAUAUCAUCACACUCAGGGAAUGGGAGGGGCAGGCACUGCCUCCAUGGUUGGGCCACGCCCACCAGACCCCGCCUCCUCUCCCAGAAGUCCGCUCAAACUUGAACAGGUAACCCCUCCUUCAACACCUAGCGAUAUGGAGGGCGGUUGCCACGAGAAGAGGGCCCAGGCUCAUGGGUCCCCCCACAACCAUGAAGCCUUGCACUCCCCAGUCAGAGCUGGCUCCUUGGCCUCAAUGCCACUGGUGUCGGUCGGGGUCCUUCAGUCACCUGCAUCGCUCUUGCCCAGCCAUUAUUCACAGAUUGUCAAGUCAGAUGGUAUGGAACUCGCUCACAGUCGCGCUGGCUCUCUUCCAUCCUUCAGUAGCUUUAGACCAAUGCAGAGACCACAUGAGGGCUUGCCUUCAUUACCCAUUGGUUCCAGACAUCAUGUAUCUUCAGGUCACCGUGCCCACCAACACCUGGGUGACGGGUCCAGUCUACCUCACCCAAACCUCAGGCUAACUCAGGAGAUGAUCAACUUCCACCAUCAGCAUCUAAACAACAACAACAGUAGCAGCACCAACCACAAUAAUGGCAGUGCGGAGUCCAUCAGCUCGCGCCACACCCCGCCGCCGUUAACACCUCAGGGACUGACAGACAGAGAGAAAGAUAUGGACCAAGGCAGGAGGAGCAGAGAGAGAGACGACUACAGGCGUCUUUCUAGGGGGGAGGAAGAGUCCAGGGAUUUCGACAGAGAAAGCGAUAGGGAAAUGGACGCCUCAUCGCGCAGAGAGGAAAGCUCUGGCAGAGAUUAUGGGUGUGAAGGUUCUGUUGAGAUCAAGAGGGAAGCAAGUGAAGGACAGAACAACUCUUGUGAUUACCACCAACCAGUUCACAAACACAGACUCCGUGAAAUAUUGGAAUCUCAGAAUACAGUGCCAGCCCAUACCGUUGGGGAAAGUCAACACAAGUCCACUUAUCCCUGCGACUCUGUGAUGGAUCUAAGCAUGAACAAAUCAUCACACUCUCCUCCGUCAAGGGCCUCCAGUACAGCCUCAUCAACUGUUGAUAAAGAAGUGUCAGCCGUAGCCAUGCCGCCUCCAAAAACGCCAACCUCCGUGGGUGCAGAGUCCGAGUCGGAGCCCGGCAAGCGCGACGUCACGACAACCUCAGCCACCCCUACGGCUGACAGUGGAGGCAUCCACCACUGCCAGCAUUGUAACAUAUUCUUCUACGACUACACGAUGUUCCAUCUGCAUGAAAGUCUUCAUAUGCCAUACGAAGACCACCCAUUCCGGUGUCCAUCCUGCGGCACACAUUGCCAGGACAAAAUAGAAUUUAUGUUUCAUACAGUCUGGCACGUAAAGUAUCCGCAUACUAUUCCAAACUACACCCCAUUCAGGGAGGGAUUUCUAUCCUCUCCUUGACAUUCAAUACCUCCUUGAAAAAAGUUUUUCAAAAUAUAAAGUGCUCAACAAUAAAGCUUCAUUGAGAUUACUGCAGUAUCUUCUGUUUUCCCUGACACCAUUUUACCUCAACGUUGACACCAAUGUCUAUACUCUUACAUAAUAUCUCGUAUUCAGAUUGGACUAUGUGUUUUGUCAGAAGACAGUUCAACCCCCAGCUUGCAAAGUCCAUUCGUUGAAUUAAUGUGUUAAUUUCACCAGGCUUUUUGUCAAGUUUGCUUCAGUGUGAUGACAUGGAAAUGUGCAUUUUUUUUAGAAUUAAGAGAGCUUAAAUUUUUCCAAUAAAAUACAAGAAAUCUGUACAGAUACAAAGAUGGUGGAAGAACCAAUAAGAAUUUACACAAAAUAUAUUAUUUUUCACAUAUGCAGUAUUUUGUUUCUCUCAAACCAGGGACUUUGUGAUGUAUGGCACCUGUAUCUCUUGUAAGAAAGCAGCUACCUCAAUCAGAAUGUAAAAUAACAACAAACACAUUAUUUUGAAGUCAAAAUAUUUACACAUUGUGCUCUUUUCUUUUGUCAACCUCAAACACUGUGUGUGUGUUUACCUCAAACACUCUGUGUGUGUGUGUUUACCUCAAACACUCUGUGUGUGUAUUUACCUCAACUAAUGUCCACACGCCCUGAAGUCUGUAAUAUAAUCUAAUUAUUGGGCUGUGCAAUGAACUUUUUUUUUUCCUUUUUUGUUCAAGGGUGCGUAACCCAGGUUGUCUAAGGGGAUAGAAUUGUAUAAGUUAGGUAUCUAGAGAGUGAAAAGAUGAUGACCUCAGUAGAAAUAACACAUCUGCAUCAGACAUGUACUUUGUUUUCCCAUAUUGAAUAUUUGUAUAAACCUUAUGUCAGUCAAACUAUUUAUAUCAAAUAUAUGUUUCUCUAUGACAGUGUUUCCCAAACUUUGUUCCACGGAGCUGUAAGUGUUCCAGAUCAUGCCAGAUUAGGUGUUCCAUGAUCUACUGGAAUAAUUAAUUAAUGGGCCACCAUGUGAAUUAACCUCUCUGAAAAAAAAAAAGGAAAUUUUUACAGUAAAUUCUCAGAAUGUGCCAAGUGUGCUGUUAAGGAAAAUGUUUGGGAAACACUGGUCUAUGAUAAGUUCUUUGAUUUUUUAAAAAUAAAAUCACAAGUCAAAUCAUAUUAUUUAAAAUUCUGAUAUUCAAAAGAUAUAUGUAUCUUUCUAUAUCUGUUGUCUUGGGCAGCUAGGGGUUAGUAUUUUUUUUAAGCUUUUUUUUUAUUUGUUAGUGCUUUGGUUGUAAAGAAGUUUCAGUAUUUUUUAACCCUUUAUUGGUAUUAAAAGCUAUGAUAAUUUAUUCCUUUAGUGAAUGAAAUCAAUAUGGGCUUACCAACUAUAAUAUAAAUAAAGAUCAGCAGGGUGUUAUGUUUCCUUUUAAAUCAAGCCUGCAGCUAUUUCAAUGGGUUUUUUUUUCGUCAAAAUGUAUAUUUUCUUUACUUCUGUUUAUCUUAUAGAUUUCAAAUACUGGUAUUAUGUUCUAGAUCUAGACUUAGAAAUUUAAAGCUCCAAGCUAUUUCUUCCAGUACCACAUUAUUUUGUGUUUUGAAUAGUCAGUUUAAUCACUGCAUUUUGUGUUUUUUUUUUAUUUCUCAUAACUGUUAUUCCAAAUCAAUGUAUCCUAAGUAUGUUAGCAUUUUGAGAACAAUCUUUGACUCUUAGCUGCCUCAUGAUGCGUGUAGAAUUGAAAAAUAUCUAUUUGAUCCCAAUCCUUUCAAAUGGUUUAUAGUUUAAUUACUUUUGUGUAGGAAUUAAAACAAAAUCUGGUCAUCAGAAUGAAAAAUUAAACAUGUACAAGCCAGUCCUUAUGAUCAGAGUUCAAUAAUUGUAGAUGGUAUCAUUAGCACAUCGGCCAGAUACAUGUUUAGUAAACAAGUGGUUGAUACAAUAUUUAUUCAGUUCUAAGAUCAUCUACUGAUAAUAACUUUGCUGAAUGCCUGCUCACAACUUAUUUCCUUGUUUUGUUUUGUUUUGUUUUGUUCCCCCUUGUUUUCUUUGUUUAAAUGGUAUGAUCACAUCAGACAAUUAAAAAGAUUGCUCUUUCUUUUGUUUUUAAAUGAAACAAUUCUGUUACUAUGUACAAGUGAUUAUAAAAACCCUUCAGUUGGAUUAGUAUGUUCUUUUAAAUCAAGCUUUAUCUAGUUAAAUAUGUAUACUAAUUUAUUGAUAUAUUUAUAUUCAUAUAUACAUAUAUUCUUUAAAUCGCCUACCUCAUUAUAUUGAUAAAAGCAAUUUUUCAGGCCUUUUUUUUUUUAAGGACACAUUUGACUGUGUUAUAGACCAGACUGCACUCUUUGGUAAUUACCAUGGAACUGAUCAUAAAAUAUUUUUUUUAGUAUUUCUACACUUUGCAAGCGAAAAUUGUGCAAAUUUUUUUUGAAAAAAAAAAUUUUUUUUUUUUUUUAAUUGUAGUACAAGACCAAUUCCUACCUCUCAGGACUGUGUGUGUGUUAUAAUUUAGUAAUUUAGUUUAAGGUUGUUGUUUUUUUAAUCCCCAUGGUCAAGAUCUAAGUUUAUUGAAAGCUCCUAGGGAAGGAAGACAUUUCUAGUUAAAGAUAGAAAUCAAACCAGGCAUCUCCAUACUACAUUGACACAUCAAAUCUUUAUCACCACUGAGGAGUUGACUAUUCACAACAACAUCUUGCUACACUUACAUGAUAUUUCGAGUCUGUAAUUCCAAAAGCUCUAGUUUCAUGUGGACCUGGCUAACAUCAAACAACUUUCAUCACUAAAGGUUUUUCUUUCUAACCCUUCCUGAAAUAGAUGUUCAAAUACCUCAAAGAACAAUGACACUCUUUUAUAUCACAUGAAUCUCUAGCUCCCCAGAAACUCAAAUAUUUAAGCACUUCUUAGGUAUCACCAUCUGUACACUGUUGACUUCUUACCACCUGUCAUAAGACAAGUAAAAAAAAACAUAGACUCCAUCGUCACAUUUCCUUGUACUCUUUAUAUACAGCUUACUGCUAGACUACAAGUCACAAGAACACAUAGCAUUGAUUCAUCUAUAACGCGCUUACAUUUAAUAAGGGGGACUGUCUCUCUAUACUAAACUUGUUAGUUUUUUGGGGUUUUUUUACACUCUUAAAUUAGAGAAAUGUUGGAUCUUUAGAAAUAUUACCCUGAAUGAUUUUAUACAUACAUGUAUUUUUAAAAAAAAUGAAUUAGUUAGAAACUUGAAGCCAUUUUAUAUAUAAUAUUAAGAUAGCUCUGAUAAUAUUUGUUUUACUGUUUUUACUGUUCAACUUACAAUUUUUUCUUCAAAAUACGCGAUUGUCACAUUAUUAAAGUGCGUCCAAUUUAAAUCAGAAAUUAAAGGAUUUAGUGAAAGUCAACUGUAGCCAUCAUUGCAGCAUUCUGCUGCGUUCAUUAUACCAUUACCCCAAUUAAGUAUUGAAAAGUGUUUACUAGUGUGCCGGUAUCUCAUGAAGUGCUACACAUUAACUUUAAUAAUUGUUCUGAGUUAGUCGUAUUGGGACACUUACAAACUAUUACUAUUCAUUGGUUUGGUACAUAAAUAUAAAUAUCCAUAGAUUGGUAUUCUUUGGUGCAGCCUGUUCUUGCAUCAGCUAUGUCUGUUUUUUUUGUUAUCGGGAGUACCAUACUAACUUCUCUAAUGAGUGGUUCUAAAUUUUAGUAAAUUCCUGGCUCAGAAUUAAUAGUAAUAUCUAGGGUGAAUGUAAGUUUUUUUUUUAAAGUAUUUUCUGAUGAGUGUCUCUUUUCGUUUCAUUGUUUGUUCACAUUAAGUCUGGUCAUUUCACCCGUAGAAUGGAUUCAAUAGCAGUUGUCGCUGAAACUGAAAUGGUAAAACAUAAAAACUAGUCUAUCAUUAAGGCGACACUUGUCCCCUCUGGAUAGGUAAAAAAUCAGGUUGACUAUCAUCAACGCUUUGCUUUGUUAAGGCCUUUGUUUCUUGUGGACACACUAAGAGGUUCUAAAAUACACUCCACAUCCAGCCCACUCGACCUGGGGUGAAUGGGUCUAAGGAAAGGGGGGGGGGGGUAGGGUUUGCAGUUAGAACAUCUCAGGCACUGAACAAGGGGAGGGUGAGGAUAAUGUGAGUACAUCUUCCCACACUCGAGCUCACCCUUAUGUCCCAGAUAUUGAGGUCACAGUUAGAGCGAUGGGAGGACCGCCACACCCCCACACACACACACACACGAAAUAAAAAAGAGUGUCAGCGAGAAGCAUUACCUCAUUGUAGGCAAGGUUGGUGACCGGAACGUGUGGUUGGCUUUAACCAUUCGUCAGGUUGGCUAACCAUUGUCCGAAACAUAUUUAGACAGCAUCCCCCACCCACACCCCCCGCCUGUACUACCCGUAUAUACGUCGUCUGCCGCUUUUGAUUAAGAAGCAGGCAUUGUGGGAAAGCGUGGAAACAGUCCGACCUUCACCUUCUCCCAUAACUCUCUUUUGCUUCACUUCAUUCGCCUCGCUUCCACCCAAUUGCCCCAAAAGAAAAAAAAACUACCUGUACUAUAAAACCACAAGGAGAAAAUAAUAGCCUUAGGUGGGAACUUUUUUUUUGUAAGCGGUACUUUUUUUGUCUCCUCACGACACCGCGGCAAUGUUUUUGAUCGCUUGGCUGGGUUUUCCGAAAGGCAGUUUCGAUAUUGUUGUUCUAAAUUAUGGGGCAACUAUGUCAUCCGUCAUUGAGCCUUCCCUCUGUUUCCAUGUCGCGCUCCGUACUGCUACCUGACGCCCGUCUUCAUAUAUUAGAUCAAAUGGCGCUGGAGAGAAAAACACUUUUAAACUCCAUUAUCAUAAAUAUCUGUUAAAUGACUGCUUAUUAGUUCCUUGGUCUCUCUGCAUCUUGGCGUAAGGACAUUUUUUUAAAGUCUUCUUUGCGUUACUUUUAUGUCCAGUGUUGUCUUUUGGCUCCUUGCUUUUUAUCUUGAUGGUCAUGUGACUUCCCAUCUCGUCACAUGUCAUGAUAUUUAUAACUAUGUGGACCACCUGCUCCAUUUUUUUCAUAUACAUAAGCACCUGUUUCAUAGUAGGUGUAGGCUACUCAAAUAUAUAUAAUACUUAAUGAAGCAAAGCCCUUCUGUGAAAAACAGUGCCCCUUACAAUACAGUGUUACUUUCUUUUUUAAAUCACGCUUUGCUUUUGCCUUUACUUGCUUAGAAAAACUCUUUGACACAUUCCGCGGCAAAUUGUUUCCAUUGAGAUUAGUGCCUGACAAUGCUUCCAACUUUGUGCACUGCUUUGAGGUCUUGCAGGGAGAAAGUGGUCUUCAUCUUAUUUUUGUGACUUUUUACUUUUUAUUAACAUUCAGAGUUAUUAAACACGGUCAUUUCUUUCUGGAAGCUAAGCGAUAUUGUUCUAUAUUAAGCUCACACACACGUGGGGCGAUAGCAUUAUGUGUAAGCAGGGUUAGGGCUGGUUGGGAUGCAUGUUAAACCUCUAGGCGAGUUUAUUAAAUUUCUUGACUUUUGUUAUGGAACACAAAUGUGAGAUUUUUUUUUAGAAGUAAUAAAACCAGAUCGUACUAGAAAAGACUUCCUUGCCCCCUUGUUUCCCUGAUAAAAAGUGACGACUGUGGGUCAUUACUUGGGACUAAGGCUGGCAGUAAAAAGGUCAAAGCCAUUUGAUCCAUGCAUUUUAUCGAUCUGAUCCGAAUUUAGCCUGGCAAGAACUCGAGGAGGCUUUGCUUAACGAAACAAAUAAAAAAAAAACAAACAGCCAAGUUGACAGUAUUUCUGUGGAAACCGAUAAGAAAGUUGGCAUGCUGUAAUGGCGACCGACAGUUGAUUGCAUACAAAUCAAGUUAGGUACUUUUCUUUAGUGAGCUGUGUCUGCCCGUGCGGGUAAUAUACCCAUUGGUGCUAUCAUGAUUCCUUAUAAAGAAAGAGGGGUCCAGUUAUGGCAGAGUAAUGAGGGAUAUUCAUAUGGGGCGGGCACGCGAUUUUUUAAAAAAUAUUUCCAUUGCUUGUAAAGUUUAAGUAAAAUUACCACUUUGUCUUAUUAAUCAGUGAACUAGCUUUAAGUGAUAAAUGACCAACUUUUUGUGAUGGUAGUCCUAAAUAGUAUUCAGACAAAGUUAAUUUGGACUUAAGAUAUUGGCCAGGUUCAUAUUCUACUUAAUUAUGACCCAAAUAAAUCAUCCAGUACAGGGCACUCAGAUCAAUAUCUAGAAUUCUAGGCCUUGAAAUAUUUGUAUUUCAUAAGAUGUUUUUCUUUUAGCUAGUUCUUUUUUUUUUUUUUUUUUUGCUGCUGAGCUGUAAUCUCUUUAGCAAAUUAGAAUUAUAAAAAUUAUAUAGAUCUAUAUAUAGCGUGUUAACUAUAAGUAACUUUUUUAAAUACACGUUAAAAAUAUUUAUUACAUAAAUGUCUAGAUCCAUAUGACUUUUCCAAUAUCAAAUAAAAAGUUAAAAAAGGCUUUUUUUGGCUCUGGAAAAAUCAACAAAAAAAAAAAAUUAAAGCCAGAAUUAAAGGAAUGUGAAUAUCACAAUACAUUUUAAAAAAUAUAAUUUUGUUUUAAACAUUGAAAUUUAAGCAUUCAGAUCAAAUAUUUUCAAAGAUCCAAAUUUUCUAAUUUUAUGUUUCCUUGGUUUUUAAUCCACCAGUUUUUCCCUUUCCUUUUUUUUAUGCUACCCUAAAUGAAAAGGGAAAAAAAAUGCAUUGCCUUAUGCUCACAAUUAUCUAUUGAUUUGUAAUACUACCCUAGAUUGUUUAUGCCAGGGGUUGGGUCAUUUCUGUUAGAAAAAAAAUAUUAUAAAAAUGUUUGAAAAUUAUUUUUUGUUCCUGUUCCUGGUAUUAGGCAGUAAUUUCAUUGAGAACUGUUGCUUGCCAUCCAGUUGAUGUGAAGAGUUUUGGUCAAAGCUUGGUACUGGGAAACUUUAGGGCUUUGUUUCUGCCCCCUGCUUGUGUUCCUUUGUUCUAGACUUUGUUGUACAUGUUUAAUGACUUUGCUAGGUACUAUGUCCGGGUCAAACUGUACAGGAAAAAUUAUUUAUUAGAUCACUGUUGGAUCUCAUUUACCUUGUAAUAUUAUUUAAAAAAAAACACAUUUGAAUGAAAUUAUGUAUAAAAUAAUGUUUCUUGAUGUCUGUGUUCUGUUUGUUUUGGCUCCGACCUUUGUUUAUUCUUUGUAACCAAAGUGGUGGUUGAUGGAAUAAUGUUGAAGUUAUUGUUGUGGUAUUCUUGUGAGAUGAUGUUAUGUCUUGACUGAAUAAACAGUCUUUUUUUUUUUU